AUGGGAGUGUCAGGGUUCACUCACUUCUCCUUUGGGAGCCAUGUUGGGUCCACUGGAGCAGCCCAGGCAGUGUUCGCUUUCCUUCUGAUUCCAUGUUGCCAGACUCUCAAUUUCAGAGCACCACCCCUAAUCCCAGAUGUUACUUUCCUCUGGGCCUGGAAUGUCCCUUCAGACCUUUGUUCUACAAAGUUUGCUGUACCCCUAGAUAUAAGCCUCUUUUCUUUAGUAGGAAACCCCCAAAGGGGCAUUACAGGGCAAAAUCUUACAAUAUUUUAUGUUGAUAGGCUUGGCUACUACCCUUAUAUAGAUGAAAAAACUGGCAGAAGUGUGAAUGGAGGCAUUCCCCAGGCAGCGUCCUUAGAGAAGCAUUUGACCAAAGCUAGGGAAGACAUUUCCUAUUACAUACCAACAGACCAAACAGGCUUGGCUGUCAUUGAUUGGGAAAACUGGAGGCCCAUCUGGGAAAGAAACUGGAAACCUAAAGAUAUCUACAAGAAGGUGUCUAUUGAGUUCGUUCAGCAACAAAAUAUACAACUUAAUGUCAUAGAGGCCACCAAGAUAGCUAAAGUAAAUUUUCAAAAUGCAGCAAAGAGUUUCAUGCAAGAGACUUUAAAACUGGGAAAGCUGCUUCGGCCAAGUCACGUGUGGGGUUACUAUCUUUUUCCUGAUUGUUACAAUCAUCGUUAUACAAUGCCUGGUUACAAUGGAAGUUGCCCUGAUAUAGAAAAGAGAAGAAAUGAUGAACUCAACUGGUUGUGGCUGCAAAGCACUGCCCUUUUCCCAUCCAUUUAUUUGAAGAGUUACCUGAAGUCUUCUGACCUUGCUGCACUCUUUGUCCGGAAUCGUGUUCAGGAAUCCAUUCGGCUUUCUCAAGUACGCAAUGCUGAAAGCCCGCUUCCAGUUUUUGUAUACACCCGCUCGGUUUUCACUGAUGCGCCUUUGGAUUACCUUUCUCAGGGUGACCUUGUGCAUACACUUGGUGAAAGUAUUGCUUUAGGAGUCUCUGGAGCUGUAGUAUGGGGAAACACCAAAUUAACCUCAAGCUGGCAAUCUUGUAUGAGCCUAGCCAAUUACUUGAAAACCACACUGAAUCCUUACAUAAUCAACGUCACCUUAGCAGCCAAAAUGUGUAGCCAGGUGCUUUGCCAGGAACAAGGAGUAUGCACCAGGAAACAGUGGAAUUCAACUGACUAUCUUCACCUGAACCCAGAGAAUUUUGUUAUUCAUAUUGGAAAAGGUGGACAGUACAUAGUACAUGGGAAACCCACACCUGAAGACCUGCAGCAAUUUUCUCAAAACUUUCAGUGCAGCUGUUAUGCUGGCUUCGGUUGUAAGGAGAGAGAUGAUCUGGCAAGCAUUCAUGCUAUUAAUGUGUGCACUGCUGAAGGCGUUUGUAUAGACACCUUUCUAAGUGAAGAACCCAAGGUUGGUUCUUCCAGCCAUAAAGUGGAAAAUUCUCUCACUUUUAGCAACAUUUCAAACUCCACACCAUUUGUCACAGAAUCUCCAUUCGUUCCUGAGACAGAUCUCAGUGGGUCUCUCAAGACCAAUUGUUCAGAGAAAGGCACUUCCACCAAUGCCCGAGAGGACUGUCAGGGUGCUGACAGGAAAAACAUGUCCAGUCUUCAAAACGAGAAAAAGGAAACAACCAAUUCAAGUAUAAGUUCAAUGUUCGUUAAGUUUCUUGUCCACAUACUUUAUGUCUUGAUAUCUUUGAAAUUUUUAUAUUUAGUAGCUUAA